GAUGGCGGACGAACUACACUGAAAGACCCCAAAGUUUGUUUAGGUUAUUUUCACCCUUCCAAUGUCUUUUCCCACUCCGUCGUUUUCGCAUCUUAAUCAAGAAGAUUACCAGCAUGUUUAUGAGCCUGCAGAAGAUACAUUUCUUAUGAUGGAUGCUUUGGAGAAAGACGCAGAUUUCUUGAGAGCACGAAGGCCACUUUUAUGCGUGGAGGUUGGCAGUGGAUCCGGUGCCCUAAUAACUUUUUUGGCUUCCAUUAUCGGAUCCCUCACCCACUACGUGAAUACUUUUGGUUAUUGUAAUUGUUCCAGAGCUACUGACAUAAACCCCAUGGCUGCUCAAUGCACAUCACAAACGGCAAAGCAGAAUGGAGUGAAAGUUAGUUGUGUUGUAACAGAUUUGGUUGAAGGCCUUAUUCCAAAUAUUUUUGGAAAAGUUGAUGUAUUGAUCUUCAACCCACCCUAUGUUGUCACUGCUUCUGAUGAGGUUGGCAGUCAUAGCAUUGAGGCUUCCUGGGCGGGUGGAGACAGAGGAAGAGAGGUAAUGGAUCGUCUUUUCCCGUUUGUAUCCACUCUUUUGUCCAACACAGGAUGUUUUUAUCUUGUUACUGUGGCAGAAAAUAAACCAGACGAGGUCAUAAGUAUGUUGGAGUCCCAAGGCUUAUGUGGUGAAGUUUUAAUGAAAAGAAAAGCAGGAAGAGAGAGACUCUCUAUUCUAAAAUUUACUAAAGACUUCAAGAAGAACAGCCCAGUCAGAUGACAAGAGUGAAUUUUUCUGAUCAUGUUUCUCAGUAUAGAACGGAUUAAAGGGCAAUCAGUGCACAGUUCAAUUCUGAAAUAACUUACAGAGACACCGUGUUCUCAAUGUCUUAGAAAACCAUGGUGAAAGCUGACGUGUGUCGGGCCGAACGCGUUGACGUGAGCCGGCCCAGAAAAAGCAGUCCAGCUUUGCGCUCACACGACUCUUUUGCGUUUCCCUUAAAAGUGGGUUGAAAUUGUGGACUUAUUUGAAAAAUAAAAUAGAUGAGAAAAAUGACUCGCAGUUCUCGAUGAAGUACGAGUUUCUUGAUCUGACUUGAAGAAAAAAAGGAAAAGGGUUUUUACUGUGUGAUUUUUUAGUAGUUGUCCAGCGCACGCCUCGGGUGGUAUAAACCAAACAUUUUCGCGCGCGCUGAUUGGCUAGUUCGGAAGUGAUUGACAAAUUUUGUUCACCUCCGACGAGUCGCGCGUCAAGAAUUUAAUUUCCGACCACUUUGUGGAAUAUUGACAGAAAUAGCUAAUUUCUCGAUUUCUGUGAGACAUAUACUAAAACAAUUAUCCACCUCAGAGUCGGUGAAAGAAGUGGAUAUUUGCCCAGUCUCAGUCCUUCGCUGCUCGGUAAAUAUCCACCAUUAUUGACCUCCCUUUCAGUUGAUAAUUGUUAUACAUAUCACGUUUCGCUUCCU